AUGAUUGGUUUCGUCUUCACUUGCGUGCUUAUUGCCUGCCUGACUGGUGUUACUAUCUACUGCCUGUAUCUUUAUUUCAUACUCGUUCCAGACAUCAAGGAGCACGGCCUGCACACGCAGGAACCUCGCCUGUUGCCUGCCGUCUAUGCCUACUUUGGCCCUACCAUUGGGCUUUUUAUAUUCGGCUGGACCGCUCGCGCCGACAUCCAUUGGAUCGCGCCAACCGUCUGUAUCACUAUCUGCGCUACCAGCGUCUUCAUUGUCAUGCAGUGUAUCUUCGUCUACGUGCCCCUCUCGUACCCUCAAUACGCUGCAUCAAUUUUUGCUGCGAAUGAUUUUCUGAGAAGUGCCCUGGCUUGCCGGAGUAUCUUGUUCGCAAGGCCACUCUUCAUCAACCUUGGUAUCGCUAAAGGUGUUAGUGUACUGGGCGGAUGA